AAACCCUCAAUGACAAAAACGGGGGGACUGCAAAACCCUAAAAUGGUUUUGGAAAAAUGUUUCUUUAAAUCGUUAAAUCUUUUUCCCACGAUAACCAUCUUCUUCAUUGCAAAAGCUUGAGAGGAUAGAGAAAACAUCCAGUGCUUUUCAACCUCUUGAGCUGUAGAACAUGGCAAAGGCUUGUGCUUUGGGUCUCGCUGCAGUGGCUUCUGCUUCAUUGGCCAUUGAGAAUGUAUAUGCAGAUGGGCCAUUUCGUUUUGGUUCAUUUUCUUCUGCACCCCAAGCUUCUCCUGAAAGUCCAUCCAAAGUUCCUCAAAGUCCCGUUGCUGAAGCCCACAGCGAAGAAACCCGCGUUCGAAAUAAUUAUCCGAGGACUACAGCUGCGGGUUUUGAUCCAGAGGCUCUCGAGAGGGGAGCUGCAGCAUUGAGAGAGAUUGAAAAAUCUCGCCUUGCAUCUGAGGUGUUGAAGACUGUAAAGAAACAGGAAGAAACAAGACAGGCCGAACUAGCAACAAAGAAAGCUGAGUUACAAGCACAACAAGCUCAACAUGAAACUGAGAGACAACGUGUAAUCUAUGAGGAACAAAAAAAACUAAUCCAGCAACAGGCACAGACAAAAGCCCAAAUGGCUCAAUACGAGGAUGAGCUGGCCAGGAAGCGAAUGAAGGCUGAACAUGACAGUCAAAGAGCAAGGAACGAAGAGCUUGUAAAGAUGCAGGAGGAGAGUGCAAUAAGGCUCGAACGAGCUCGCCGUGCAACCGAAGAAGAGAUUAAUGCACAACGACUCAAAACAGAGAAAGAACGUGCAGCGAUAGAACGUGAGAAUAGGGUUAAGGCCUUUGCAGAAGCAGAAGGGAGAGCUCAUGAAGCAAAACUAGCAGAAGAUGUAAAUAAAAGGAUGCUUGUUGAACGAGCAGCUGCUGAGAGAGAAAAAUGGGUUGCGGCUAUAAACACAACUUUUGAACAUAUAGGAGGCGGCUUGCGGGCUAUUUUAACAGAUCAGAACAAGCUUGUUGUAGCUGUAGGGGGGGUGACAGCUCUUGCAGCAGGGAUUUACACCACAAGAGAGGGUGCUCGUGUUAUUUGGGCUUAUGUUGAUAGAAUAUUAGGGCAACCAUCUCUAAUCAGGGAGUCAUCGAGAGGGAGAUACCCUUGGUCAGGUUUGCUCUCGCGUUCCAUGAGCUCACUAUCAAGGUCCAACAGAAAUAGUGAUUUGACAAAAGCUGCCAACGGUUUUGGAGAUGUGAUUCUUAAUCCUUCUCUACAUAAGAGGAUUGAACAGCUUGCAAGUUCAACUGCCAAUACGAAAUCACAUCAGGCUCCAUUCCGUAAUAUGCUCUUCUAUGGCCCUCCUGGAACUGGAAAGACCAUGGCUGCUAGAGAACUAGCUCAGAAAUCGGGGCUGGAUUACGCAUUGAUGACUGGUGGGGAUGUCGCACCAUUAGGUUCACAGGCUGUCACUAAGAUACAUCAGUUGUUUGAUUGGGCAAAGAAGUCUAACAGGGGCUUGUUACUCUUUAUUGAUGAAGCAGAUGCUUUUUUAUGCGAGCGCAAUAAGAUCCAUAUGAGCGAAGCACAGCGCAGUGCUCUCAAUGCGCUAUUGUUUCGCACUGGGGACCAGUCCAAGGAUAUCGUCCUUGCCCUUGCCACAAACCGACCUGGUGAUCUUGACUCUGCUGUAGCUGACCGAAUAGACGAGGUCCUGGAGUUUCCAUUGCCUGGAGAAGAAGAGCGUUUCAAACUCCUCAAACUCUAUCUUGACAAAUAUAUCGUUAAGGCUGGUGAAAAGAAGCGAAAGUGGUGGCUACCUUUUUUUAGAAGGAAACAACAGAAGAUUAAGAUACAGGGUUUAACAGAUGAAGUUAUUUGUGAGGCAGCUGCCAAAACAGAAGGCUUUUCAGGUAGGGAGAUUGCAAAGCUCUUGGCAAGCAUACAAGCUGCAGUAUACGGAAGUAAAGAGUGCGUGCUUGAUGCGUCCCUUUUUAGGGAGGUGGUGGAUUACAAAGUUGCAGAGCAUCAACAAAGGAAGAAGCUUGCAUCUGAAGGGGGAGCUGUUUAGUUUUAUUGUCCUAUUGCUUUCUCAUUUUCCUGAUAGACCCAUAAAAGAAUAAAUGAACAUAUGUGCCUCUCUUUUUGGUUUGGUAAAUGGAGGCAAAUGAGGCUUUGAACAAACGGUCCGGAUCACCCAUCAUAAAUGAUUAAGAUACAGAUGGUCCAGAUCCAAUUUUGUACUUGUCAGGGGUAGUUUUGGACCUCUUGAUCUGCAUGUGUUGCUGAUCAUAUUUAUUCCGUCUCGGUUGUAUUGCCAUUGAGUUAUGGCUUGUAUUCAGCAGGUGAGUAUCUGCUUUUGCGUUUCUUUUGUUAAUUUUUUGUCCUCCAUGAGAGGAGCCUUGUCAUAUUUCAAGAAUUUUAAGAUGAUUAUAGCUGAGAUUCAUAUAUUUUCCGUCAAGAGAAAAUGAAAAGAAGUGAAUCAA